GUCCAUGGAGCCGGUAAUGAAGCAACGCUGACGGGCACCAUCACCAGUCACUUGCUCAAAGAUACCUGGGGUGAUCGGGGCUAUAACGCAUCUUUUAACCGUCGAUUCACAGCAUUGCCCAAGGAUGUCGGCUUCAACAAAGGCCUGUCUCCCCCACAGCCUGACUAUGUCCAAGGACUGGAGAAGGCCGCAUUCCGUCCGUUGCAAGUCGACAGGCAGAUCAGCGGGGCUGUUCUUUACGAUGGAGAUCCCCGUUCCAUGGUACUGCCGCAUGUGGCGGGAGAGAUGAAAGGCCCUGAUGGGAACAUGAACACGGCGACGAUACAAAGUGCCUACAGUGGAGCGGCUCUCGUCUACGCUCGAAACCAGGCGCUUUCUUUGGUCGGAAACCCUGACCCUGCUGGCCACGCAGAGAUCAGAACCUUUACCACGGACGGCCAUCGGAUUGAUUUCUUUGCCCAUUAUGCUGCUCCGUCUGAGUGGGACGGCACGCCUGAGUACCACCAGUAUCGAUAUGCGUCGACACUCCUAACAGGCACCUAUGAAGGAUACAAGGAUGGACGUAAGAACCUGAGGAACAUGCAGGACCACGCAAGGGAUCAGUCGUACGCGUUAAGAGACCAGAUACGCGAGUACUGUAAACAGCGUCGAGGUGCUAAUCAGCCUAUUACCGAA